UGUCUCAUUUAGAGGUUUAGUCUUGAUAAGAUUUCGGAUUUAUGGGUUGUAUUCUUAUAUUUUAUUUGUGUUUUCUUUUAAACUUCAUUUUAUGCAAUAAUUUUGGUUAUAUUGAUUCACUGAAUAAAAAAAAAGUUCAUAUGCUCUACUAGAAGUUUUGUUAAUGCAUAUCAAUAAAGAAAGAAGUUUAUAAAUUUGAAAUAAAACAGUUUAUAUGGCCUACUUUGAGGUAGUCUAAAAAUUUCAUGCCAACCUAAUAAAGUUAUUACAAAACGGAUUGGAUGUAGAAAAUUAUAUACAUUAACUAUUUUUUUGAACAAUAUAUAGUAACUAUCAAAGCGAAUAAAAAUGCAAUGUUUUUAUGUCAAAAUAAAAAAUGGUGAUGAUUAUAUUAUUUUUGAUAAAAUAGUUAACUAGAGAGCAAAGUUUGUUACAAAAAAAAAAAUUGGUGUUUCGAUUACUAAACUCUGCAAGAAAAAAACACAUGAAAAAAUAUGGGUAUAAUAUUGUAGAAAAGUUUUCUAAUGCUUAAAUUAGUAAAUAACCCCAUGAAAUAUGAGUAAAUAUCUUAAAGGAAUGGAAAGGAGAAGGUAAGUUUUGUGAAUAAUUGUGAUGGCAGAACUAAAAAGAAAAGCAAUAGUGUAUUUAUGUUGUUUGGAUGAGCUAUUUUUGGUUAAAGCUAAAAAUAAUAAUGUCUUUGAAGAAGAACAUAUGUGUGACAUUCUGUAGUUAAACAUAAACUCUGGUAUCUUCAAAAUAAAUAGCAUUUACAUGACAAAUAAAUACAACAUUUUCUAGAUUGUGUUAGGGGUUUUCAAACAGAUAUUAUGAAUUGUGAUUGUAGUACAAUUAAAUCAUUUACAUACGUGGAGUAGAAGCUCAACAACAUUAACCACAUAUGCAGUAUGCUUGGCUCUGAGUGGAUGGAUGCAUGUGCUAUGCUUUGUGGCAUUGAGAAUCGUUUAGUACGUUAUCAAUGAUUCUAACGUGGUCAAAGUCAAAGCUAUCUACGCUUUGUUUCUAUCAUACAUUACAAGUUACAACCAAUAAUGUCUUCAUUUAAUUAUUGGGGUCACUUCAUUUUAUCCUUGACCAUCUUGAUGUUUAUAUAAAUACAAACACAGUGAAUUCAAUUAUUUUAUUUUGGGGGGACAUCUUCGUUAUAAUUUUUUUCUUUCAACACACCUUCAUUCUUGUUUCUAAUAAAUUACAGUGAACAUUUGGGGUUCUCUUUCUUUCCAGAUUCAGUUUGGUUAAUUUGCUCUUGAUAAAAUUGUAGGACUGCAGCUGAAUUAUCACCUGAUUGAAUGAAAUUAUGCGAAAUUGCUUAUUUUAUCAAUUUCAUUAAAAAUCAAAAGAAAAUAUGCUACUUUAGUUUUGAUGAGUAAUGAAUGAGAUGGAUUUAUUUCAUUUUUUAUGUUCCAUUCCGAUUAUUGGAAUCAAACAGAAACUAGUAGAUUUCGUUCUUGUUUCAGUUUCAAUCUGAUUCUACUUGGUUCAAUUUCUAUUUGAUUUAGGUUGGGUUUAGUUUCCAAGUGGACGUAAAAACUUCACAUGUUAUUUUCAAAUUAUUGUCUAAAUUAAUAUUUGAUACCAAUGAAAUUAUAAACACAACAUCUCCUAACAAGUAUGGCUCCGUUACUGGCUAAUGAUUGGUCAAAGGAAGUAGUAUUGAGAAUUGAGAUACUGUAUAUGAGGUAGGUUGGAAUUUUGUACUUUGCGUUGCAUGGAAAUGGAAAGUUAAUGAUAAACAGUGACAUGUGUUUUAAAAUCUUUGGUAACAUCGCUGUCUGCACUGUUGUAGAAAAAUUUAAAAGAAAAAAUACAAUAGCUAUAACAAAAGAAGCAUAUUGUACUACUUAAGGGGUGCAAUUUGUCAUUUGGAGUUAACAAUAAUAGUAAUGUAGUAUUUUGUUUUGGCAAUGAUAAUAGCUACAACAAUCUGCACCAUAACUUAAGGUUAGCAAUGAUAUGAUCUCGUGUGUUGAAAUGUACCUGUAUUCACAUGGCAACGACCCCAAGUUCAUGUGAGGACAUGUGUUCACUAUUCAUUUAUCUCUCUCCACUUUCCUUCGGUCAAACCUCAUCUACAAUUUUUUUUAAAGAAAUAUUGUCUGAUAAUAUAACAAAUCAUGGAAACAAAUAAGAUAAUGGAUACUAUAAUAUUACAAUGCAUCUCCCAAUCAAUGUGAGUAAUAUUUUAAAUGCGACUUGCAUGUUCAUUAUCAUCUAAUCUUUCAUCUCUCGUAGGUCCUUCUUCUUCUUACAGCUCUGUAACUUGUCUGCUUCUUCUGUUUGUCCAUGUGGUCUUACCUCUCUCUCUCUCUCUUUGUAUAUAUUAUCCUCAUCAUUACUUUCUGAAUCUUCACUUCUCUCUCUCUCUCUCUCCCAACGUCCGUUACGUUUGUACGAUCAUGGCAUCAGCUGAAACAUCGACAAUGGCGGAUGCUAACAUGGUUUUCAUGAUGGAGGCACCACCGUCGGGACCUCGCAUUUCCUUCUCCGCUGAUCUGUCAUCAUCAGACAGCGAUGGAGAUUACAUCUGCAUCAACCCGAAGAAUCUCUUACCGGGAAAAGUAGAACAAGACAAGAGCUCAUCAAAAGCCGGAGACUUUGAGUUUCUGUCGAAUACCCAAACAAUGCUCACCGCCGACGAGUUGUUCUCCGAAGGAAAGUUUCUUCCUUUCCGGCACGUCAAACAUUAUUCAGAGAAGCUUCAAAAUGUUACAUUGAAAACAAAAGCCGAAGAAGAAGAAGAAGAACAAGAAGAAGAUCGUAAGGUAGUGAAAGAGGAGACUGUUAAUAACAGCAACAGAGGAAGCUGGUUUCUUGACGACGACCCUUCUCCUCGUCCACCAAAGUGCACUGUGUUGUGGAAAGAGCUGUUGCGGCUAAAGAAACAGAGGAACAACACGAAGGCAUUGUCUCUCUCGCCGUCGUCUUCUUCGAGCUCGACUUCGUCGUCUUCGAGCUCUAUUGGGGAUGCGGUGAAGAAGGAGGAGAGAGAGAAGGAAGGGAAGAGAGGUAAGAAAGGGUUAGAGAGAACGAGAUCUAUGACUAUGAGGAUAAGACCGAUGAUUCAUGUUCCUGUCUGUACACCACCUUCUAAGCCUCCUCUGUUUCCUCUAAGGCUUCACAAAAACAAAGUAGAGAGACGAACUUGAUGAUGGAAAUUGUUUUGUGAUUAGAUGGAUUGUGUGUUUUGUUGAGUUUUUUGUGAUUGAGAUCUGAUGUGUGUUGACAUUUUAUAAAUGUGAAUGACAUUUUCAUACCCUAACACAAUAAAAUAUUCAUCAUUAGUAUGAUUUUCAUCUCAUUAUAUUGAAAGUGUUUGUCUUGUUGUAUCUCUGUCUGUUUGUAUCUAAGCCAAAGAUCAAAUAUUUUGGGUUAGACUUUUGAUGGUUCGUUAGUUUAAAGUGUUUAAGAUCUGAGAAAGUGAGAGAGACAAAAGAGUUAAAUGCCAAAACUAAUG